CGCGGAGCUUCACUCUCAUUCACAGGAGACUGGCCCAGCCAACCACAAGCGAAACGUGUAGUGCACCAUGGCAGAGCAGGACCUCACACCGGAGCAGCUGAAAGAGAUCGCUGCGGCCAACGAGGAGAAAGAAUCGGACAUUAACUACAAACCCCCUGCACAGAAGAGCUUACAGGAGAUCCAGGAGCUGGACAAAGAUGACGAGAGCCUGCGGAAGUACAAGGAGGCGCUGCUGGGCAAAGCUGCCGUGGUCGCAGAUCCCAGUGCACCAAAUGUCCAGGUGACACGGAUGACACUGAUGUGUGAAAAUGCACCCGCUCCUUUGAUCCUUGACCUGCAGGGAGACCUGGAGAACUUCAAGAAGCACCCAUUUACACUGAAGGAGGGAGUUGAAUACAGAAUAAAGAUCAACUUCAAGGUGAACAAAGAGAUUGUUUCAGGCCUGAGAUACAAUCAGCAAACAUUCAGGAAAGGAGUCAAAGUUGAUAAGUCGGACUACAUGGUGGGAAGCUACGGCCCGAGACCGGACGAGGAAUACGAGUUCCUCACUACCCUGGAGGAAGCCCCCAAAGGGAUGCUGGCCCGCGGCACUUACAACAUCAAGUCCAAAUUCACAGACGACGACAAGUACGACCAUCUCUCCUGGGAGUGGAGCCUUGCUAUUAAGAAGGACUGGAAAGACUGAUUUUUCUCCGCCGCGUCUCGUUCACUUUCCUCCUUAUUCGGCGUUUUUCCAACCUUUCCUCGUCUCGCUGUCAUUCCAGGAUUUCUCUCCGCAUUAUCGUCUUAGGCUUCUGCUCUCUCCGUCCUUCAUCACAUCCCUCCCUUCUGCCCUCGCACCUUUUGUUUCUAGCUUUUAAUCACGUUGUUCAUCAUCAUUCCCUCAACUGUAACAAUUAAUUUGUUUACACCCACCCUUUUCGGAUAAAGUAUUAAGUCCUCAAAAAUAGAGAAAUCCAGAUUUUCAAGAUAAUUUGUUAUACAAGAGAAAACGGUGGAAAAAACCCAGCCGUGUAGGAUUUCCCUCCCCCUGCACUAUUGAUUCUUUCUUUUCCUAACAUUUGUCAUUGUUCUGUGUAAUCAUCAUGGUCUGCCUCGGGCAGCAGCGUGCAGAAAGCCUGCUAGCGCUCAUUUAGCAAUCACUGCUGGACGUAACUCUUGGACAGACCCCAGCUAAAGCCUCUGAGCAGAUUAUACGUUCUUGGGUCUCGUUAAAACUAGUUGGACUUCCAAAUAGUUUGGAUCUUGAUAUAAUCUACUCAGAGAACAGGGGAAACGGUUUCCUCUAACGACGCCACAGGCCCCAUUUAGCUUUAGCUGUGGCUUGUUCUCACCCAAUCAGGUUUUUUUUUUAUAAUUAUUUUUUCUAUUAGCAUCUACGUGGCCUUAAUAGCAGUUAUGAAGAUCUAGAAAAAUAGUUGAGCCAUUUGCCUUCUGAGAAUGUGAGCCUGUUUUAACACAUGGAAUCAGAGCUAAGAGUUUGUCUUUACUUUAAGUUUCAUUACUCCAUUACAUGUUUUGUUGGACAACAACAAACGUUACGACUUGGAGAUUAUUUCUGCUGACUGUGCCUCCAGACUCAUCGUCUCUCAAUCAGUAUCUAAACCUCAGCCUUUAAGCGCAUUACUGGUUGAAAACACAGCAGGCCAUGCUAAGUGUUUUCUCGUUUUAUACACUCCAUAUGUAAAUGAACGUCAGUUUGGCCUCGUUUAGCUCGUGUCACGGGGCUGACGGCUCUUCUCAGUGCGGUGGGUUAAACUUAUUGUGUGCUGUCUGUAUCGCCUACAGUUUACGGAUCGCUGGUGUUCAAAUUAAAGUGUUCAGACUGGG